AGCCAGCCCAGCAGAGCUGCACCUUCAACCUGCCUAGCAAGGAUCUACUCCCUGCCCGGCCCCUUUGAAGAAAAGAGGCCUAAGAAGCACAGGGCUGACUAUUUUUUUUUGCUUGUUUGGCUGGUGCAGCAAAGGGAACUUGGCCCUGUGGGUCUCCUCCCCCACUGGCAACUCUCCUCCCAAUUGCUUUCAACUUCCCUGUCUUGGGAGGAAAUUUUGUCCUCCACCUUCCUGGUUUAUCAGAUUGUGGCAAAAAAAAAAAUCAAACAAACCCCCACCCCCUGGCUGUUAAGGAAGCAGGCAAAGACUGAGAGGAGGAUCCCAGGCCGGAGGGGGCCAGGUGUGGCUGGGAGAGAUGGGGACGGCGGAGGACGAUUAUAACUUUGUCUUUAAGGUGGUCCUGAUUGGCGAGUCUGGCGUGGGGAAGACCAAUCUGCUCUCGCGCUUCACCCGCAAUGAAUUCAACCAUGACAGCCGCACCACCAUUGGCGUGGAGUUCUCCACCCGCACCAUCAUGGUGGGCAAUGCCAUGGUGAAGGCACAGAUCUGGGACACCGCCGGGCUGGAGCGCUACCGUGCCAUCACCUCAGCGUAUUACAGGGGAGCAGUGGGUGCCCUCCUGGUUUUUGACAUCACCAAGCACCAGACCUACGAUGUGGUAGAGCGCUGGCUGAAGGAGCUGUAUGACCACGCCGAGGCCACCAUCAUCGUCAUGCUGGUGGGCAACAAGACGGACUUAGCCCAGGCCCGUGAGGUGCCAACCGAGGAGGCCAAGAUGUUUGCAGAAAACAAUGGGCUUCUGUUCAUCGAGACGUCUGCGCUGGACUCCACAAACGUCGAGCAGGCCUUCGAGACCAUACUGAGAGACAUUUUCAACAAAGUGCAGAAGCAGCAGCAGAGAAGCCCCCAGGACAACACGGUGUCGCUCUCCAGCGAGAACCCCCACGGCACCUCCCAGACCCCAGAGGAGAAGCGAGCGUGCUGCGUGAGCCUCUGAGAGCAGGGUGGGAGCUGGCCCAGGACUCGCCGUGGAGGCACGAGCCCCUCUAUCUGCUUUGCUUUCUGACUGGGGGAGUGCCCAUCCCCUCCCUCAAUGCCCCGUAACUGCACCAAGCCAGGCCGGGGCUGGGCGACGGAAACACGUCUGCAAUUGAUCCAUCCCUUCGCUCCCUCCGCAAAGCCGUUACCCACCCCACACCUUGCAGGCAGCAUCACUAGAGAAGGGGAUGCUGCAUACCCAGACCUCUGCCCCCUGGAGUCUGCCAAGCCACAGCAGGGGGAAUCUAGGUGGGAGGGGAGUCAGCUAGCUAAACUUCCUAGCAGAGGGGGAGUCAGCCAUAGGAUCACACCCAUCUAUCUUAGUUAUCUGAUCCCAUUACCACAGUGUCAGAGCAUCUUUUUAAAUGUAUUUAUCAUCACAAACCUCUGUGGGAUAGGGCAGUGCUAUUAUCCCCAGUGUACAGAU